GUCGGCGUCCGCCAGCAGCACUUCGCUAUUGAACGUCCUUGUCCAACUGCAAUGGGAAGUGCCCUUGGAUGGAUCUUGAGCUCCGUAGAGGAGAAGGCUUGGAAUGCCGCCAAAGAUGGAGACAUCAGCACGUUGCAGGACCUGUGCAUCUCGUCCAUUGCAGCAAUGGAAUGGCGGGAAGCAGAACGGGGCCGCACGGCGUUCAUCAUGGCCUGCAGCAAAGGUCACGUCGACUGCGCUCGCUGGCUCGUCGAAAAUGGUGUCGAUGUGUACGGUCGAGACUAUCGCGGCAACACCCCGCUUCAUUACGCGUGUCUCUACGGCCAGCCGCGAGUUGUCGAACUGCUGUUGGCUCAGCCACAGUUCUCCCCGUUCACAUUGAAUGCCAAGGGAUUGAGUCCGUUGGACGCCGCUCGGGAAGCCUAUUCCGACGCAGCAGAUGACCGCGCGGUGUCGACGAUGGCAGACAUCGCUGCCUGCAUCGAACUGUUGGAGGAGCGACUGGUUGUGCACCAAGACGUAAUAUUUACGCGCACAGACAAUGCUGUGUCGAGAGUUGUGGGCAUUGCUUCCCUGCGAUCUUGGACGUGCAGCCAUGCGAUGGUGUUUCGCACAAGCUCCAGUCUAUUUCUGGAACUGGCACUGUAUGCAACAGCAUCGCCAGAGGUCCCUCUUCGAUGCGGCCCUGUACCAAGCUCCUCGUACUUUGUGCUGAUCGACCCUGUGAACCGACCCACGACAUUCGUCAAGCAGCAGCAAACCCCAUCGUCAUCGAUGUCGUCGUGGCUCAUGGCAUCGAAAGCUCAUGCGUUUUCGUUGCUGGCUGCGCCGAAGACGGCAGCUAGUAGCGUCCCAACCCUCGACUGGGUAGACUUUGCAGCGCUCGAUGCCGCUGGCUUGGACGCCUGGGCUGCCUUCUUUGUAGAAAUCGCGGUAGCCAUACACGUCAUUUCCUUCUUCUACCUAGUAUCAUCGAAUGCUGUUGUAUCUGGUAGGUGACCAAACUAUCAGACCCGACGUUAUCGCAUGACCACCAAUUCAACACCCAAACGCUCGGGCGGUGCCAUACGUACCAAAACUAUGUGGCGCCACCAACUCCCGUUCCUGCGCCGCCACCGCCUGAAGAAGACAUAGACAUCGAGGACGCCAAUGGUGUGGUGAUCGCCCAGCUGCUGUCGCUCGCGCCCCGGAAGCCCCCGCUGGCCAACUCCAAGCCGGAUGCUUCAAUUACUGCCGUGGACUGCGUGGUUUGCUUUGACGCGCCACAGUCCGCCGUGUGUGUGCCUUGUGGUCACAUUGUCCUGUGCAUGCAAUGCGCUACAAGGAUCACGUCCACGUCAUCGCGAUGCCCCCUGUGUCGGCAACACGUUCGCGAAGUGAUCCAAGUGUACCGAAGCUGAAGCCAAGAGUUUGUUGACUACUAUUUAGCCAAGUACUGUUAUUACUAAUAUUAAUAAGACGUAGUAGUAUUGUGC